GGGGGGGGGGGUAGGACUGUAUACUAAUCGAUUGGCUGAGGUGAAGAUCUCUUGUAAGAUCGAUGAUGUUAUAGGUGAAAAACACGUUUUUUCGUUCUGUGCGAACGAACGAACGUACGAACGAAGUUACGAACAUACGGAAAUUGCUCGGUGUAUGACCCUCCUUUCAGUAGAGGGAAUUAUCAUCGUUUCAAUCUCCUUUUGGAAUCAAGUUGUUUCAUUUGACUAAGAAAAAACUGAGAUCUAUGGACAUCGAGCAACAUAUUGCAGACAUGACUAACACACUAUUCUUACCAGAUUUUUCUUUACGAUCACCACUUGUUAAUCCAUUAUGAAGAUAUAUAAUACACAGAAGAACAAGAAAUAUGGAUGGAGCAUUCGUUUUCUGUAAUUCUUUAAGAACAAUUUUCCAUCGAUAAAAAAAAAACAAUUAAUUUUUCGACAAUUGGGUAGGGUGGAUAUGGAGGUGGGGGUGGGUGUUGAUGUCAAUCCAAACUUCAUCGACACACAUCUGAACAGAUCACACCCACACCCAAGAUUUUCAUUAAUCUUGUUCUAUUCUGAAUCAGAUUCUCGUAUGAAGACGUCGAAUAGACUUUGUUCAAAAACUUGAUAAAAUCUUAACAAGAUGAUUGUUUUUAUUCCUAUCUAGAUUUUGACUAGAAUGAAAGAUGAAUUGUAGUACGUUCGUACAUUUUAGGGUUUAACAUUAAUUUGAUUAGAAUCUUGAAAAAAGAUCCGCAAACAAUCCUUGCUAACCAUGAGAUAUGUUACUUACAGAAGUUACUCAGAUGCAAAAUAAGAUCGUAAAAAAUCUUUAUUUAAGGAAUAAAAAGGACUAAGACUAGAGAUUCCUCGAAUAAACUUUAAAAUAAUUUUUUCAUCUAGUUUAGCCUGCAACAGGUAUUGUUCAUAUGGUUGAAACAAAUUUUCAAUCAACAUCGAAACUUAAACAACCAUCAUUUCCUCGCAUCAAUUUAACAUAUCCCCCGCUUAUCCUCCAAUAA